CUUAUCAGGAAGAACGGCUCCGGUUUACAGAAAGCUUUAUGGAAGCGUGCAGGCUAAACACCUACAAGCGAGCAAACAGUUUUCCUGUCUCAGCUACAUCUGUCCCUGCUGAUCUGUGAGGGCACCAUGCCUGACGAGAUGUCGAGGGCUUUAAUCCGAGAAAGAGCCGGGGGCUUGAGACACCUUGAAGCCUCCGCGUAUGAACCCAGCGCUCUGGUGAUUGGCAUCCUGGGCACCGGCGACUUCUCCCGCUCGCUGGCCAGAAGGCUGGUGGCCUGCGGCUGUCGAGUUGUGGUGGGGAGCCAAACCCCCUCGCGCUCCGUGGAUCUGUUCCCCGAGGAGGCGGAGGUGGCCUCACAGAUGGAGGCUGCAAACCAAGCAGAUUUGGUCUUUGUUGCUGUGUACCCUGAGCACUACUCAACACUGGUCCACCUGAAGCCAGCUCUAGCUGGAAAGGCUCUUGUAGAUGUCAGCAACGGUUUGCAGAUCAAGCAGGAAGGGCCUUCCAAUGCCCAGCAGUUGGCUGAUCUGUUUCCUGAGAGUUCUGUGGUCAAAGGGUUUAAUACCACAUCGGCCUGGACGCUCCAGGCAGGACCGCGUGACGGAAGCAGACAGGUUUUGCUCUGCAGCGAUGAUCAAAUGGCCAAGAGCUCAGUGAUGCAGCUUUGCCGCAGGAUGGGCUUCAUCCCCGUUGAUAUGGGUCUCCUCUCCUCUUCACUGGAGAUCGAAAACCUACCACUGUAUCUGUUUCCAUCUUGGCGCACUCCGAUCAUCUGCACCCUGGCCCUCUUCAUCUUCUUCUACCUGUAUAACUCCGUCCAUGAGGUCUUGCACCCCUACAUCACAGGGGGGAAGAACAAAUUAUACAAGCUGCCCAUUGAGAUUGUAAAUGUCACUUUCCCAUCUGUGGCUUUGGUGAUGUUAGCACUGGUCUACCUGCCCGGUGUGAUUGCCGCCUUCCUCCAGCUGUGGCGGGGCACCAAGUACACCCGCUUUCCCGAUUGGCUGGACCACUGGUUGACCAGGAGGAAGCAGUUUGGGCUGUGCAGCUUCCUGUGUGCAGCUCUGCAUGCGGUUUACAGCCUGUGUCUUCCCAUGAGGAAGUCCGCCCGCUUCCAGCUGCUCAACAAGGCCUUUGAACAGGUGAAGGCCGGCAACGCAGAUUCGUGGGUUGAGGCGGAUGUUUGGAGGAUGGAGCUGUACCUGUCUGUGGGCAUCAUGGCUCUCGGGCUGCUCUCUCUGCUGGCUGUCACCUCGCUGCCCUCAGUGGCCAACACUGUCAACUGGAGGGAGUUCACCUUCAUUCAGUCCACACUCGGUUACUGCGCCUUAUUCAUGGGCACCCUCCACACCCUCAUCUUCGGCUGGAACCGCGCCUUCCUGGCAGCCCAGUACCACUUCGGCCUGCCUCCCACCUUCCUCCUGGUCCUCAUCCUUCCCCUCACGGUGCUGUUGAGCCGUCUGGCUCUCUUCCUGCCCUGCAUGAACCACCGGCUCCGGCAGAUCCGCCGCGGCUGGGAGAAGAGCCGUCACAUCCGCUUCACCCUGUCAAGCGAAGAUUGCUUCAACGGCCUGGAGAACGUCAGCAAUGUGUGAGAACCGCUGUUUUAAGUGGCGUUUAUGAAAAUCCAGACUCAUGAAUAUAAAGCACAUGGAGGAUGAAAGAUUUAUGCACUCUCUGGGUGCGCUGCAGGAUCAUCUCUGGCCUUUUGAGAGGGUUCAGAGAGGAGCCGCUUAGAAAAUUAGCUGGAAGGUUCGUUAUUUAGAGCGGAGGUCAGAACCUUUAGCGCACUAUGCAUUGUUAGUCAAGACUACUUAGUUUAUCGUUAAUAUUUUAUUGCCCUCAUUGUUUUCUGUCAAUCCAUUUCUGCUGUACAUGUGCACCUCACAGCCGAGUUAACCGAGGUUUGUUUGAUGUGAGCAUCGGCAGCUCACUCGGCUUUCCCGAUGCUUUCUGCAUUCCUCUCAUGAUUAUGUUCUUGGAUUACUUUUUUACGCUUUCAGGCUGUGCUGCACAGAAGUCCGAUUAUUUAUUUAUUUUUUUCUUUAAGUCAUUUGAAGGUUCAGAUUUCUUUGUGAUGUCAUAUCAAAUUAUAAGAGGACGUUAUUUUUCACAGCACGUCACACACGUUUUGAAUUAAAAACAGUUUCCUAUAAUGCAUCAGCCACCUUCCUUCGCAUAACUCAGAGCCGCUAGCUGCUAAGCUACAGCACAGCUCUCAUUUUCCGGAUACGCGCACAUGGAUGCCGCAUCCAGGCUCGUGGGAUGCAUCUGUGCUGCUGCCAUGCUGCUCAGGGGAUCUCACUGUGGCCUCUGACUGUUUCUGAUGUGAAAUGUCAGAUAUUUGUGCAGCUUUUUUCACGCUCUGAUGAAGGAAACGCCAAAACAGGCAAUAAUAUUUCACAGUUGAGUUGCUUUACAAUCAUUUACUGUUACUAACAUGAUAAAUCAAAUAGGUAAUUAUUCUUUUAAGCUCACCUCAUGCUAGGUGAGUGUCCUGACACUAAACUGAUGCUAGCUUAUAUAUAGCUGCUUUACAGUGAUUUGUAAUUGGAUAUGAACCUCUAACCUCCACAGACGCAAGGGCAGAAAGGACAGAAGCGACCAAUGCAGCGUCUACGGGUGUUUAUAUAUCUGCGUGUAGAAAUGCACCCCCCCCCCCCCC